UUGAGCAUGGAGGAAAACAAAGACCUCCAGCAUGAAGUAGUGGAAGAAUCAGUCCUAGGCCCAUGGGGAAAGUGGCAUUGUUUCUGCAGUCUGGGCAAACAGGAACGCAGCCGUCAGGUGUUGGGCACAGCACCAGUCCCUGUGUUCAUGGACCGCGAGAAACUGGUACAGUUGAGACCGUGCCGGCAACAGGAUUGCUCGUCUUGCAACCCGAUGGACUGCAGCUAGAGGCCCUGAGCAGAGUCACUGAAGGCCAGGCUCCAGCAGCAACGGGGCGGAGCUUGCAAAGUGACCCUGCCCACCCUCGAUUACAAACCACGCCCUUGGAGAUAGUCCUCGAAGACUACAAUUCCCAGGAGAGAGCACGACAGCGGCGACAACGGCGACAACGGUGCCUGCGUAAACGGCCACGCCGGAGGGCGCGUCGGGGGCGGGUCCUGCGAGCCGAUUGGUCAGCAUCAAGAACUGCAGUAUUCGCGGAAAACGCGCGCUGGGAUCUGCGCCUGCAGUAUUGUGUUCUACAGUUGUUGGCUGUCGCAGAGGCGGCAUGGAUCUCAGCGAGCUGGAGAGGGACAAUACGGGCCGCUGUCGCCUAAGUUCUCCUGUACCUGCUGUGUGCCUCAAGGAGCCGUGCGUCUUGGGCGUGGAUGAAGCGGGUCGAGGCCCUGUGCUUGGUCCCAUGGUCUACGCAAUCUGUUACUGCCCCCUGUCCCGCCUGGCAGAUCUGGAGGCCUUGAAAGUGGCAGACUCAAAGACCUUGACGGAGAACGAGCGGGAGCGGCUCUUUGCGAAAAUGGAGGAGGACGGAGGAGACUUUGUGGGUUGGGCUUUGGACAUCCUGUCUCCAAACCUGAUCUCUACCAGCAUGCUUGGGCGGGUCAAGUACAACCUCAACUCCUUGUCACAUGACACAGCUGCGGGGCUGAUACAGUAUGCAUUGGAUCAGAAUGUGAAUGUCACCCAGGUAUUUGUGGACACUGUAGGAAUGCCAGAGACAUACCAGGCUCGGUUACAACAGCGCUUUCCAGGGAUAGAGGUGACAGUCAGGGCCAAAGCAGACUCCCUGUUCCCUGUGGUCAGUGCCGCCAGCAUCUUUGCCAAGGUGGCUCGAGACCAGGCUGUGAAGAACUGGCAAUUUGUGGAGAAUUUACAGGAUCUGGACUCCGAUUAUGGCUCAGGCUAUCCCAAUGAUCCCAAGACCAAAGCCUGGCUGAGGAAACAUGUGGACCCUGUGUUUGGCUUCCCCCAGUUUGUGCGGUUCAGUUGGAGUACAGCCCAGGCCAUCCUGGAAAAGGAGGCAGAAGACGUCACCUGGGAGGACUCAGCAGCUGAGGAGGAUCCUGAGCGACCCGGAAGAAUAACCUCCUACUUCAGCCAGGGCCCGCAGACCUGCCGCCCUCAAGCCCCCCACAGAUACUUCCAGGAGCGAGGCCUGGAGGCAGCCAGCAGCCUCUAAGAGCCAGUGUGUGCACCCACCCUUCUAACUCAGGAAUAAAAGCUGUUC